AUGCGCCUCCUUACACGCUCCUAUUAUUUAGGUACUGGUGGCGUGCGUGUGCUUUCCAAAAGGUUUGGUACGACAAUUGAAGCGUCAAUUGAGAAUUCUUCCAACGCAGCCUUGCAGAACUCUGAUUGUAAAAUCACAGAUUUCGUGCGCCGUGCGUCGAUUUUAAAGAACCGAUUUCGUGGAAAGGCUCAGUAUGAAUUCGCGCGAAAUGAGGCCUGUCGUUUUCUCGAAUCGGAGGUUCCGAAAAUCAACGUCAACGCUUGGCUUGAACAAACUUGCAACGCUAUUGCAUUUUCACAGAUCUUACGUUUUUUUGAAGUUCAGCCCGACAUGGAAAUGAUCUCGCUCUUACUAAACAAACUCGUGCGCACGGUAGAGGACGCGAAGGCAAGCCCUGUUGAACGGAUGGAGGCGACACUGGCGCUGAUGAGAAUCCGCCCAGAGGAAAACUACGAGCGCAGCUUCGCUACUGUCGAGGUGAUUCUCAAGGUCCACUACGAUAACCUCUCCGGGAAGGCCGCCGAUGAAAAAUGCGAAGAGCAGCGCACAGCGUGGCGCGUUUUGGAUCUCUGCGCCAAGGUUCUACAACAGUGCGGAAAGCGGGUACCCAUUUCCCUCAACGAUCGCCUCUCAAAGGCUGUUUUGAUGUUGCUACAGACCACCAAAGAGCAAGAUCUAGUUUCUUUGGAAUUUUCAUUGCUCCGAAUCUACGCCUGGAUGGUACACGCGGAGCGCGAAGAGGCGCGGAAUAUUCUUGACGUCAUAGCGCAUGUCCCAUUGGGUCUGAAGUCCUACGAUUUUGCAACAUUGAUGGAAUCCUGCGGUCGUCAUCAUCGAUUUCAGCCUCUACCGAUCGGACUAAUCAAGUGGCUGGUAUGCACGUCCCUUGAAUACUCACUGAGUUCUAACGGCAAAGAUACAUCGAUUAUCCUCAAUGGCAUUGCUAACAUUAUUAGCACGCUGCAACCUGAUAUCAACGAGGUUAUGGAAAAGGAUGUUAAAAGUCUAUAUGAUAACUUUACGGCCCUGCUGGAAGAAUACCAUCCACUCGUGCUACGCUUUAUGGAUGAAAAGGACGAGUUGUAUUGGAAGCACCCAGGUGAUGUCACAACCAUUGUGUUUUCCUACGAGCUUAGCGGCUGCCUACGUCAGUGUCCAAUCUUUGACAGGUACACUAACUACCUGACAACGGAGCUGUCGGCCCUUGAGCCAACGCCGUUAGCCAUGGCUACCGGUAUUCUGCGCCGCGCAGACCGUCUGACGCACAACAUGGCCACCAGGCUGUCCGAGCGGAUUGAGGCGCUUAUAGGGGAGAUGAAGCUAUCCGAGCUGAGCUACAUCUGCGCAACCUUCGCGUCGCUGCCAACCACGCCAAAAUGGUUAUAUGAAGCAAGAGCCGUGGCCCUGCGUCUGCUUUCCCCAGAGGCGACAGGGCUCACUCGGCUGAAUCUCGCCAUUGCGUUUCCCGACGACAGCAACUUUGUCUCUCAGGUGAAUUACUCUCAGAUGUUCGGAUCACAGCUGGUAGAUAUACUGCCGAUGGUCCUCGGGAACGCCGUUUUUGAGGGUCCGGUGGUUGCUGCCCUCGUGACUCAUCUUAGAGAAGCUAAGGAACGCUUCUCACCAAACGAUGCAAGGGUGCUUCUGAAUUGUGGCCGUCCUGUGCUCGUCAACGCGAUUAACUAUUACCUCUAUCAGCGGCUGAACGAGCCCAAGUGGGAUACAAGUAUCCUAUACUGCUUGCCUCUGGUUUCCAACAAAGGUGGGUCUGCACAAGAUCCCUCCAGAGCACUGGAAGCUGCUAAGCAGGCUUCGACUUCCCCGGAGCAGUUCGAUUCACUAGUAGAGCUGCUGAGUUCUGUUUUUGGUGAAUCUGACGUCAAUAUCAAUACCUUCGUGAAGGUUGGUGGGAAAAACCUGCUGAUGGUGCACCGCGUUUCACUGCGGAGUGUUGUGCGAUACCUUGCCGCUGUACGACCCUUUCCGAGUCUGCAUCCGGACUCCAAAUGGCUAGAUCUCCUCACGGAGAAAAUGGCCACCCGCUUCUCGCCGUUAAGGCCGGAUGAGCUCGAAAGUCUUCUUAUAUCCCUUCGCACCAUUUAUACAGACGUCAACAAGACUCCAGUGCUGCAUAUGCUACUGUCUGAUGUGGUGGAGAACUACUAUAUCAAGGACUUCAAUGAGUCUACCGUCCAGGCAGCCCGCAUUACAGUUCUCCUCGUUCAUAUGCAGCGCGGAAUGAGCCUACCGCUGCUAACCGAUCAGACCCCUCCGGUUAAGGCGGUUAAGCAAAAUUGCGCUGGCUAUCCCGAAGACGUAAAGGAAGUGAUCGCCUCGAUGCCGCUGCCCACUUCCACAGACACGAAAGUCAACUCAGGACGGUUUACCCUCAAGUCGAUCCCCACAGGGCAGUCCCACAAGGCACCGGUCGCAGGACAUGGCAGUGAUGCGGUGGAUUCUUCCCUCCAUCAGAAUCCGUCUAUAACAUCCGGCCUUGGCGAGGUGGUAAAGCACCAUGAAAAGGUCGAGGGAGGCCACGCCGCGGACCUCGGGGACAUCACGACCGGUACUACGCUACCCAGGGCUGAAUCCCAGCCCGAGUCCAACGUGACAGCGACUUCCCCGGUAGUUUUAGCUCCAUCUGGUAUAGCCAACGAACCACCACACACUUCACACGCAGAAGAGGGUCCUACCUCCUACUACGCCAAGUUUUUCAGCAGUUCUGUCGGGCAAAUUUUCAGAGGACACAAUCGAGACGAAACCCCCAGUGAGGGGAAUCAGCUUCAACCCUCCUACACUAACCCACAAGCGCAUAUAAACAACCAGAAGAUGCUCGGUACGCCUCAAAUGACGUCCUUUGGUUCCCUCUUUGCUAAUGCCGAGGCGUGGCCUACGACUCCCCCCACGACAGAAGGCGCACCACAACAGGGGGAAUCUUCAGUGAUGCGAUCACCCUGCCCUGUCGGGAACCCUAUCUACCACAACCCUUCAGCGCAGCAGCGCAAUCGCCCAGUUAUCACCAAAACGGCGGUAGUGGGACGUGUGGGCAAAUCUACCGAUCCCAGCGUGCCGAUUGAACGGGGGAUGUACUCGGCCGCUGCCCAAGAAUCGCAGGGUGCCACCCCCGGCGCCUAUCCCGCGGUGCCCGCCGACGUCGUGUUGGUGGCUUCGGCCACCCCGCAGGCCAAGGCGGGGUCGGUGGACUUCCUACAGCGCGCCGGGCUCGCGAAAGUUAGCGGCUACAACAUGGACAACUCGGAAGCGAGCCACAUCCAACGCCCAAACCAAACACUACCCGUGGAGUCUCCCAUGGUGCCUGCGAAGAGCGACACCAGCGGCAACCCACUGGCCUGGCAGGAGGCGGCGCGGCGCGUGGCGCGCAUCAGCCGACACGUCAAAACAAAGGACAAAACACGUGGACAGCAAAGCCUCUCGGAGUGGCUCAGCGCCCCCGCCAAGAGACUCAACGAUACCAAGGCAAUUCCCACGACAGUUGUCCCUACCCCACAAGACAAAAAGAAAAAGGGAGGUAAGGCCGGUAUACAGAGCAAACAGAGCCACGGGGCCUCAGAGGGCAACCGCGGUGUGGGCUCGAUAGGCGGCAACGCGCACAGGAAAGCAGUGGCCACAACAACUGGAGCAGCCCGUAGUCGUGGUGGUCGUGGCAGCGCCGCCAGCGCGAAAACUAAGGCGCAGGCCCCAGCGGCAAAGGCAAGCACGAAGAAAAUCUCCCCGACGAGCAGCCCCAGGAAAGCCACAGCGGCCGCGGGAAGGAAGACACCGAGCGAGCCUGCACCCAGGCGUGGAGGAAACGCAGCCGCAAAGGCAGCGCUAACUAAAAAGGCGACUCCAGCUAAAAAAGUGGCGCCAGCCAAAAAGGCAACUCCGACAAAAAAGGCAGCAGACAAGAAACCUAGCCCCAGGAAGGAGACACCUGUGCGGCAGAACACGAAGGGAAAGAAAAAGUAG